AUGAAUCGACCGGCGAAUGACGCACACCUUAGGCUCCGUAGUUAUCGUUUCAAGCUCAAACCCUUCCUGCGUGUAUCUGGACACGAUGAGAUCGAUUCGUUCCUUGACGAGGAUGAACCAGGCUCAACCACAGGCAACGUGAGAAUAUUCCUUGUCUCACAGCACACUAUCAGGAUCUUGCUUCCAAAGAGAGUUUGUACUUUGGCAAUUGUCUAUGUAUCGGGUGCCAGACUCCAUGGAACACCAAAUAACCCCACUGAUUUGCGCAACCCCCAUUACGCUCUGGCGGCUUUUCCCUCCCGGGAGAGAGUCCACAGCUCGCGGAUCAUUCACAGACCUUCCGGCCAUUUCUCCCCAUGUGGCUUAAUAUACUUUAGCCUAGAUCUCUGGGAUAGGAAAGGCGUCAAACAAUGA